UCAUUUAUUUCUCUUACGUUACAUAAUUUACACAAAGUGUUAUUACUAUGCCUAUAGCCAUCCUUUGUAACAUCCUUUUUGAGUGAAAUUAUCAAUUAAUGUCAUAUGUUACACUUUUGGUGAAGUUUUUUGUGUUUCCUGCAAAUCUUGAAAAAAUGAGUUAGGCGAUUAUUUUAACAGGGUGACGAUAUACUGAGACAUAAACGGUUAACUUCCAUUGAUUGAAUAAAUGAUAUGUGAGUUCAUAUAAAUCUGCCCAUAAACAUGUGUGUGAGAAUAAACACACUGUCUCAGCACUGACCUGCAGACUUGUGAGCUCCUGUUUAUGGUGUCGUAUCACCAGACGGUUAGGAACUUUUUAUCAAACUUCCUUUUUAGGGUUUUGGUCCUAUGUUUUAACCAAAUGAGCUCAGAGAAUGUUCUCAGCUGUCUUUCUAUCCUUUCUCCUUACAUGGAAAACAUCUCUGUCUCAAGCUCCAUCUGCCCCAACAUGGAGAAGAAUUCAUACCUGGUGAGAAGGCGUGGCCAGGCAGCUUCCUAUGAAAACGAUGUUCAGAGAUCAGAGGCUUCAUCCGAGACUCCAACAACCUACAGACUGUCGACCCGUCAGCCUACUGAGCCUCCACACCAGGAUCCAGCUCUUCUGAUCUCUCUCCAGUCAUGGCGUUCCCUCGGCUGUCCGCCUCGAUGCUGCUGGCUUCAUGGAUACUUCUUCUCUACUGGACGACCUCCUCAGCUGGUUCACAUGACCUCUCAGCCCCCUACCGGGUGAAGAGAGACCUGCCAUUUGAGACCAGACCACAAGUGGAAAAAUCUCUGGAAGUGGCAAAAGACAUAAUCUCUGUCAUCAAUGAAAAGAUUGGGAGCGUUGACAGCAAAUCUGUGAAAAAUGUGAUGAAGAGUCUCUCCACUAUCGCCGGCUUGGUGCCCGGCAUCGGAACUCUGAUCGUCCCAACGGUCAACUGGAUCUUGGCCCUCAUCCCUCAGGACGACCCGGUGCUGAACGAGGUGAAGAAAGGGUUCGAUAAAGUGAACAGGAAGCUGGACUCACUCUCCAUCCAGAUCUCCAACCUGGCAACAGAUGUGGAAUGGUUCAACUACGCCAGCGUCUACUCUCAAGACGAGGUCUGCAUCCUCAAUGCCUGGAAGAAGUUCAUUGAGCUUCAAGACAACAGUCCAGUGUUGAAAAGUGAAGAGGACAAACUCCGACUAGCUGAGAUAUUCGUCAACUACUAUGAGAACACAGGAACUGAGGGCAGCGUGGCCAACCUCUUCCAUUACCUGACCGUCUCUAACACGUCCCUCAUUGGAAACCUCAAUGACCUGCUGAAGAAGAAGUUUAAAUGUGACAUUCAAAAGAUCGGUGACUAUAACAUCCAUUUCAGUACUUUGAUGUGGAGGGGGAUGCUGCUCAACCAGUUCUACUGGAAACUGAUUGGUUUUGAUUUAUUAGACAAAGAAACCGAACACACUGACAUGAUUAAGAAGGUUUACACAGCUCAGAUAUCAACUAUAGACUACUGUCUGGACAACUAUGAGCAGUACCUGAAGGAAGACGUGGAGGUAAUCAGGAAAUCCAUCAGUCAUGAAAACAAAAAAGCUGUCGCUGAGAAACUGAAAAGGUUUCUGGAUAAGAAGUACUACUGGUACAACUGGGUGGUGAUGGUGCAUGCAGAUAAAGAUUCUUAUCACGAGUUAUAUAACAUGAAAAAGUUUCGUUGGGAUACGAUCACUGUGGCUGUGGACUACAUUCAAAAAGCAGAGGAGAUAAAUAAAACACAAGUAAUCACUGAGGUGGAGAAAUGCUACAAGCCGGAACCAUUUUAUCUGUCCUUUUGCAUUGUAAUAAACAAAAAAACCCACUGCUCUGGACAAGUCAAUGAUGUUAAUGUUACAGAGUUCUUUAAAGCGGUGCAUGCCAGUUACGAUCUAGUUGUUCAAGUCCCAGAACCCAUGAAGACUUUCAAGUGUGACUUGGGAGGCUACGAGUAUGACAUGUAUUUCUAUUAUUCCAGAAAAAUCUCUGUCUGCAGCAAUCAAACCUGUGACGGAGGAAAGUGCAAGCAGCUGAUGGACUCCAACGAACAUUUGUGUUUGUGUCCUGAUGGUUACCGUAGGGAGAGCUGUGUAGAGCGAGAGAAACCCAGGAACGUCACACUAAUCGGCAAAGACACUGUGCCCGACAUCACCACCAUCAACGGCAGACUGAAGAAGAUUGAAGACAAACUGGAUGUGAUACUCAACAAAACUUUGCUCUGUUAAAUAAAGAGAAAAAAUAAAUAAAAUUCACCAAUAACAGUGAAAACUGAUGACAGCUUCCAUGUUUUAAAUGUGAACGUGUUAAUAUUGCUGUUAGACUUUAAUAUUCCUCACUAUGACACACUGUAGCAGGAACAACCGCCACACUCGACUUAUUAUUAUCUGGAUGUUUAAUUGUCCUCAGAUGAUGAUCCAAUUGGAUUAAGGAGCUCUGAUGUAAAAUCCCCAAACAUUUAGUCACACUUUCUUUGAUUCGAGCUCCUUUUGAAACUCAACUUUAGUCCAGCACUUUAGUUCCUCUUUGAGUUGCUUCACUGGAUUCCAGACAUAUCAUAUCUGAUGAACACUGUUAGGUUUACUCUGCCUCAAACCAGGCAAAAAAUUAACUUAAUAAUUACAACUUAAUUGUGCCAUCUAGUGGUGCCAGGUUGAAAAGAGAACAGUUAGUUGCAUGCAAGACCCUGUGUCUGUGUAAAGCUAAACUAACAUUCAACUUGCUAUCAAUAACUGACACAGACACCAUAGCAAUAAUACUCAAUGACACAUUAAACCAAAUCAUUGACUUAAUUUCAUCACUUGUGCUGGUUGAUCCAGUUACUUUACCAAAGUCCAUAUAAUAAGGAAGGAUUGGAAUUAUUUGGUUUUAACCAU